UUACAUUUUCUUUUCAAAUUCUUAUUACAUUUCCUCUUGAUUUCUCUUUUUGUUAAAUUCUUCCUUUUUCUCUCCUCUUCUUUGUUGUGUCUCUUCUUGAUCCUCCAGAUGGUGCUCCUUUCUCAGUUCUCAGACUUUUCUCAUAAAAAACCCUAGAAGCUCUGGCAGUCUGAACACAUGUACAACUACCCGGUUCGGUUAACGGAGCGUGUGUGUGUGUGUGUGUGUCAGAUGACCACAAACUUUUUCCAUUGCGCCUCAAAUCUUCCGUAUGGCUGGAAAGUGCCACAUUUAGGCCUGCAGUGCAUCAAAAAGCUUCGUCUAACACACUUUCCUUCACUCUCAUCCCUCGGGCUCUGUUUUUAAUCAUGAUUUGAAGACUUUUCUUUCACAGAAGUGGAAAGGAAGCUCAGAACGGACAAGUUGAUGACGUUGGGCUGAUUUUGAAGAGACACUCGCACCCUGGUUUAAAUCAUGGGUGACUGGAGCACCUUGGCGAAGCUGCUGGAUAAGGUGCAGGUGUACUCGACGGCUGGAGGCAAGCUCUGGCUCUCUGUCCUCUUCAUCUUCCGCAUCCUGGUUUUGGGAACGGCCGUGGAGUCGGCGUGGGGCGACGAGCAGUCCGCGUUUGAGUGUAACACACAGCAGCCGGGCUGCGAAAACGUCUGCUAUGACAAAUCCUUCCCCAUCUCACAUGUGCGCUUCUGGGUCCUGCAGAUCAUCUUCGUCUCCGUGCCGACGCUCCUCUACCUCGGCCACGUGCUCUUCCUCAUGCACAAGGAUGAGAAGCUGAAGAAAAAAGAGGAGAGGCUGAGGAAAGCCGAAAGGGAAGGCAGCAACGUCCACUCUCGCCUUCACAAAAUCCAAGUCAAGAAGUUCAAGUACGGCUUGGAGGAACCGGGAAAGAUCAAAAUGCGAGGAGCUUUGUUUUAUACCUAUAUCAUAAGCGUGGUGUUGAAAUCUGUAUUCGAGGUGGCAUUCUUGCUCAUCCAGUGGUACCUUUACGGAUUCCGUUUAUCAGCCGUUUACACGUGCGAGAGGUUCCCUUGCCCGCAUAAAGUCGACUGCUUCCUGUCUCGUCCGACGGAGAAAACAGUCUUCAUCAUGUUCAUGCUGGUCGUGUCCCUGAUCUCGCUGGCUCUUAAUGUAUUUGAGUUUUUCUAUGCCAUCUUUAAGAGGAUGAAGGAUCAUUUCAGAGAGGCGGAGAAGCUGCUGGACUUGGACAGCGCGAUCAGGCCGUGUCCUGGAGAAGACCUGUCCAGCUAUGGGUACCACUGCUCGGCUCCUGCGUCUAAUCUGGGCUACAAUUUGGACACGGUCGAUAAAUCCAACUCCUCGGACAAUUUUGACAAACAAGCCAACGAGCAAAACUGGACUAACUACAGCACAGAGCAAAAUCAGCUUGGCCAGAGAGAUUAUUGCCCGUCUCAGACAUUUGUGUAUCCACAAAAAAUGCCUCUGGGUAAAGACCUCAUGCUUCUUAAACAGCUCGACCCUCGACCUCAGAGUCGCUCUAGCAGUCGUGCCCGACCAGAUGAUCUGGACAUCUAGGAGCUUAGACUUUUUUUUUUCUUUUCUUUUCUCUCUCGAAAAAUGUUCUCAUUGAUGUGCUCUAAAUACUGUGAGCUACAAAAGAAAUACAUUUGGGCAAUUCCAUGCAAAUGUACUGUAUUAUUUUGACCACGUAAGCAAUUUAACCUAAAUGCUACAUUUCAUUUUUAUUAUGCGCAUUAUUACUCUAUUCUUAAUCCUUGGUAUUUUCAGUUGUUUUAUACAUCAGCUCUCUAAUAUUUACAGUCUGUAAAGGAGCUAUAACUACGGUGGCCAAAAAGUGUAAAACACAUUAACAAAUCGAAAACACGACGACAAGUCAGACGACCCGGAAAUGGUAGGUAUCGUUUGUGAAUGGAAACUUACUGAUAUACAGUACAGGUAUGGAAUCUUAUGUGUAAUGUGUAAAGUUCUCAGUUUAAAUAUAAGAA